AACUGCUCCGAUGCUCAAGUCGGAGGGGCUGCCUGGGUGAAAAUAGAGGUAUGUUCGGAAAACCCCUUUAAGCUACAGAAAUAUUAUACUAAUAGUCUACAUAAACUACACUAUAAAUACUUUUUACACUAUAUCAAAAAAGCAGUCCACCAUAAACUGCACAGACACUCUGUUCAUCCUUGUACUAGAAGCACACGGAAUACAAAAUGAAUCUACUUCUACGGAGUGUGUUUAUAAACUGCACGUAUAUACUGUUCAUUCUCCAUCUAAUGCUACAUCUGCACUUUGGUUUCCGGUUUUCAGAUCCAGCAGAGGCUCUCAAAACCGGACCAAAACAGUUCCAGCUUGCAUCGGUUUUGUGUCUGGUCACGGAAUGCCAAAACGCUGAUGUGAAAGUAGUCUAAGAUGCACAGGGAAUUCAGUAAACCCCUAUAUGUGGAAAACUAACUGUUUAUGUUCAUUCCACUAGAAAUUACACUUAUCAUAUUCAUUCCCUGUCUAGGAAGCACAGGCAAUUUAGUAUACACCUGUAUAUGUGUAAUGUGUUAUUACAGUAUAACCUACAUAUGCAGUAUAUCCUGUUUAUUCCAUGUGUAAGACGCACAGGCAAUUCAGUAUACACCAGUAUGUGUGUUCAUUCCGGUAUAACCUUCAUACAUAGUACAUCUCGUUCGUUCCAUGUAUAAGAGGCACAGGGAGUUCAGUAUACACCAGUAUGUGUGUUCAUUCCGGUAUAACCUACAUACACAGUACAUCCCGUUUGUUCCAUGUAUAAGAGGCACAGGGAGUUCAGUAUACACCGGUAUAUGAGGAAUUUGUAUUCAUUCCAGUAUAAACUACACAUAUAACCUAUUUAUGCCCUGUCUGCGAAGAAUAUGCCUGUUUAUGCUAAAUGUGUUCAUUCUAUCUCUAACAAAUACAGAACACUGAUUAUACCCCUCUCUAUAGCUCUACAAAUUGAUAUUAUUAAUUCCCUAUCUUCAUCCUUUUUAGUACAGUAUAUCCUGUCAAAAAUGUAUGUAUGAUCUAUUGGCAGGAACAUAGUAUAUACUAUUGCUCCACUUAGCCGUUUACCAGCCCUUUUAGCUAUUGUAAUCUAGUGGAUUACUACUGGGGGUGAUUGGACCAUUUUCUGGUGUCUGUGCAGGUAUCUUAUUAUAUUGUGCCUGUUUUGUUUUUUUGUAUACAUUUUAUUGAGAAUCAAACAAUUAUUUUCCAUACAUCUUCAACAUCAUUAUUACUUUUCUUUCUUUUUACCCCUACCCGUAAUACCCUCCUUACCCACCCUCUCUUUUGCGAUGCGUGUCUCUAGCGAGGCGUCAAGACGACGAAGACUAACAUUUCCACACACCCCAUAUCCUAGUCCAUUUAGCCUCUAUAUUUCACUGUUUAUAAAGAACCUUCUCAUAUCUCUUAAUCUUAUUCACCAAGUUUAACCAUGUAGUUAAAUUUGGUAUAUUCCGUGAAAACCAGACCCGUGUGAUCAGGAGUCUUGCCAGAAACAUUACUUAACAUUAUCUUUAUGGCAGUUUACUUUAGAGAGAUCCCCCAGUAUCCAACAUUCAGGCUUAAAAGGGAUCACUACUUUCAAUUUUUUGGUAAUACCCAUGUCAAUUGCUCCCCAAUACUCUUUUAAUUCUAUACAAAGCUAGAACAUGUGCAAAAAAUCAGCCCCAAAUGAAUCACACAGUGGACAAUUAGAUCUAUUUCUCAAACCACAUCUGGCUACUCAACCACAUAAUGGCUUGACAUAUAUUCUAUGUAAAAUAUUAAAUUGAACCAAGAUCUGGUUAAAGUUGCGAGACGCUAAUCUUAAAUUAGACAAUACAUUUUCCAAUUCAUCUAGUUGUAUCGUUGGACAUUCAGUUCCCCAAGCUUUUUGACCGUGAGAACUAAUAUUAUUAAAUAGUGCUUUAACUAAUAAUCUAUAAAGUUGAGCAAUCCGAACAUUGUGACCUAGAUCCCCCAUUAUACAUUUAAGAAUGUAGAAGUCUCUAUAUCUAGCAAAGAUUUUUCUAUAAGACUGGAAGGUGCCGAAUGAAGCUGAAAGUACCUAAACCAUGAUACAUUAGACAUAUUUUCUUUUUUCUCCAACUACAAUAAGGAAAAUAUAUCUCCUUUCCUCACCACUUGUGCAGCAUAAAAAAUAUUUUUUUUUGCCUGUACUGAUCCCCUACUAAUUAAUCUAAAACCUGUAAAUGAUAAUUGUGCCAAAGGGGUGUACAAAAUAAGGAUCCCUUUAUUCCCAGCCAUCCUCUAAUAGUGCACCAGGACUUACUGAACAGUUUCCUUGUCUCACCAUAAUCCUGCCACUCAUUCCAAUAAAGUAAACAUGUUAUCAUAACGAGAUCCACUUACCAAAUUCCUACACAGUGGGCUUUUCUUCCAUUGGAAAUAUAGCCAUAACUGAGCCAAUACAAAAUUACCCUUGAAAUAAGAUGAUCACCGUGUUUUCUGAAGAAUUAUGUUGACAAAAUCUAUCAGCGAGAUAUAGGACAUCUUCAAAUUCUGCAGAAAUGAGUGGAAAAUCUUUACUGCUCAAAGUCAUAUUAUUGGGGGAUGGUGGCGUUGGAAAAAGCUCCCUUAUGAAUCGAUAUGUAACUAACAAGUUUGACUCUCAAGCAUUUCACACAAUUGGAGUUGAGUUUCUUAAUCGGGACCUUGAAGUUGAUGGCCGGUUGGUGACUCUGCAGAUAUGGGACACAGCUGGUCAAGAACGCUUUAAGAGUCUUCGCACUCCCUUCUACAGAGGAGCUGACUGCUGUCUACUUACAUUUAGCGUGGACGACAGACAGAGUUUUCAUAAUCUUAGUAACUGGAGAAAGGAAUUCACAUUUUAUGCAGAUGUUAAAGAACCUGAACAUUUUCCUUUUGUUGUUUUAGGCAACAAACUUGACAAGAAUGAAAGAGAAGUUAGCACAGCUGAAGCGCAAGCAUGGUGCAGUGAAAAUGGGGGCUACCCCUACCUAGAAACAAGUGCAAAGGAUGACACAAAUGUUACUGGUGCAUUUGAAGAAGCAGUAAGACAAGUUUUGGCCAUGGAAGAACACAUGGACCAUACAGUGUUUGGGCAUACUGUAGAUCUUCAUAGUGGUGACCAUUCAAGGUCACUGUGCUGCUAAAUGAAGUGCAUGGCAGUUGGCAAGUCAGAAAUCUGUCAGAACACAGAAACCGGAAGUAGGAAAUUAGAGUACUGCUUCAAAAAUAGGAGCAAAGGUUCUUAGAAAUGAUGGUGUUUAAAGGACUGUAAAUCAGUGUUGGCACAAAAAGGUUGGAUAUUCUUGUUCUACGGCUACUUUCACACUUGCGUUUUGGCGGAUCCGUUAUGGAUCUACCAAAACGGAUGUGUUACAAUAAUACAACCGCAUGAAUCCGUCAUGAACGGAUCAGUUUGUAUUAUCUGUAACAUAGCCAAGACUGCUCCGAUCAGUUUUCUAAUGUGCCAGAUUGUGUCAGAGAAAACUGAUCUG